AUGUCUGAUGCUCUUGUGGCUCGCAUCGAGAAGCUCGAGGAUGUUGUGUCCGACUGGGCCGCAGUUACCCGCACAAGAUGGAUCGGUAUGUGUGCAUGGGAGAACCGCUUGCAGGAACUCCUGUCCCGCAAGGAACCCCUGUGGCACGUCAAAACCGAGCUCUAUGUGUUGGCCCUGGAGGAUCUCGAGCCCAUCCUUGCAUCCAUCCAAGACACGGCAGUGCAGAUGCAAUGCCGUGCGGAGCUCCGUGAGUGCCUUUCGGCCGUAGACGAUGUAGUGGGCAUUUUUCCUGUUGGAGGGGGGUGGGGACACCACACAGGUGUUGACCUCCGUCACUGCCCCUCCAUGUCCGCUCUUCGGAUGUCACAGCUCGUGAGGCAUCAUUUGCGCGGUGCUGCGAGCGCGUUUUCCACCAAUGGGAUCGAGGUGUGGGCCCCCCUUUCCCAAAGCGAUAUGAAAAAGAAGCGCAACCGCCAGGGUGGGAAGGGGGGUGGUGGCAAGGGCCACUCCAAGGGUGCGGGGGGCGAGGGGGGGGGGCGCUGUAGGGACUGUGGCAGAGAGCGCGAGCGCUCCCGUGACCACCGCCGCUCUCCUGGCAGACGCUCAGGGGGACCCCCCCCCACCUUUCAACUAUGGAUCUGUCUACGCGGCAUUUUCCACUUCGCGUAG